AGAAAUUAUUUCUGCAGGUUUGUUUAUUUUUUACAAUUUUACAAAAGGUAAAAUUGAUCUUUGCUUCCUAUAAAUUUUCUUUUUUAUCGGUAUCUUUGUUUUGGAUAUUACCAGCAUUCUGUCUCAAUGGAGGCUGAAGAUGAAGGACUCAUCGCAAGAUUUUAUUGUGAAAGUUACUAAGGAAAGCUAUCUUACCUCCUGAUUUUGAACUAGCCAUUCAGGUUUGUUGGGUUUCCAGAGAGGAUCGACUGAGCAAGAAGAAGCGGGCUUCCUGCGCUGUUUUUUUUUCCGGGAUGCAAACUAAACACUUUAAUGAGCUUUUCAGAGUGAUGAAAGAUGUCGCUCCUGUUGUCACCAGUGGAGCUCUCGUAGUGGCCCUUUUCUCCUGCGUUUUGUUUGGCAUCCGAACCUACCUCAGCCUGCCUGAGGAGAGCCUCAGCAUCGGAGCAACAGUUUUCCAAAGCGGCCACAUCCACCGCCUCUUUCUGUUCCCCUUUCACCACCGAAGCCUCCCUCAGCUCCUGCUGAGCAUCACUGCUCUGCUGUUUCUGACUGGCAGUGUGGAGAAAGGCUUCGGCACGGUUCGCUUCCUGUUCAUCUUCCUCCUGCUCGCCUCCACUACUGGUGUGAUUUACAGUUUCUUGGAUCUUCUGCAGGAUGCCAGCCAGCACACAGAGGGUCUGCUCCCAGUGGUCUUGGCCUGUGUGGCUCUGACCACCUUACACACUAAGAUGACCAAAGGUUUCCUCUGUGGGGUUAGUUUUCCUGCAGUUGCCCUCCCCUGGGUGCUCCUCAUCAUCUGCACAGCCCUCAUCCCUCGCAGUGUGCUUCUCUGCAAUGUUAUUGCCAUACUGAUCGGCUGGGUGCAUGGCAAAGGCUGGCUGUCUCCUGUGGACAUGUCUGAGUCCAGGGCUGCAGUUCUGGAGAAGACUCUGCUGUUUAAGUUGCUGAGGAGCAUCAGCGGUGUCAUGUUCAUCCCUGCGUCCUCGCAGGAGAGGAGGAAGACCCUGCUUCCACAAAUAAAUCCCACUCCUGGAUCGUACCCGGUUCAAGCUUAUGCACUGCUGCCCAGCACUACCACCACUCACACCCCAGCUACAAUCUAUGAGGGCUGGCCACACUCAGCCAGCUUGACACCACCUCAACAUCCUCAUGGACACAUUUCAUCAAACAGCGUUGGACACAAUCAUGGACAUUUCUCAGAUCAAAUUGUGGGACAUAGUUGUAACCAUGGCCACAGUCAUAGUCAUGGACCUAUGAAGUAGUUGUGUUUUUUUUUUUAUUUGAUUGCUUAACGAGUCCUCUCACUUCUUUGUGUUUCAUUCUUAGAUGUUACAGCAUCCAAAGUGAAGGACUUGGUAAAUGCGGUUAUAAUUUUAAUAUUUUAUACCUUUUUUAAAUGUGGCAUUUCUUUGUAAAACAUUUUUUGUUUUUGUUUUGUUUUAGAACUUUUUAUACUUCCAGUAAUAAAUGUAUAUUUCAAAAGGCCUCUAGUUGUAAAUGUGAUCAGAUAUCUAAUUAAAAGUAUCAGGCUGUAAUUACAGCAACAGGGCAGUUAAAUUUAUCAAGGUUUUAAAAUGUCAUGGUUUCAAAACCACUAAAAUUAUCCAUGAAAAUAAAAUAAAAUCUUUUUAGGGAAAUACAAGAGAAAGUGUCAGUGACCAGACUUAUGGGUGGGCAAUAUGGAAUUUCAUCAUGAUAUUUUGUGAUACUACUGUGAAAAUAAUGAUUAAAAAAACUACAUUUUUAGGUCACUAUACCGCAGUGACUGCAUGGCGCAGCAUAGCAGCACAAACACAUACUUUUCUUUGACAUAGGCUUCUUUAGAAUUCCACUUAAAGAAGUGAGAUGCACAUAGUAGCUCCAUUUACCUAUAUGUUUGAAAUUACUGAUACUUAUUGACACUCUUGUGGAAAAAAACUGAAAAAAUUGUGAAAUCAACAUGUACUGUAGAUCAGUUUUUUAACAAAAUUAAAACUUGUGAAAAAUACAUUUUAUUAGCACUGUAUUAAAAGUAUAGCUGGUAAGCUGCUGUUUUCAAACAGCUGAAAAUCAUUCGC